AUGGCGGCCGAGCGGGCUCCGCCGGUCAGGGCCCAACCUCCGCCCCCCGGCCCCGUUCCCGGCCCCGCUCCGGGCCCCGUUCCGGGCCCCGAACCCGCGGCACGAACCGGCCUCAGCCUGCCGGGCAUCCUGCACUUCAUCCAGCACGAGUGGGCGCGGUUCGAGGCGGAGAAAGGGCGCUGGGAAGCGGAGAGGGCCGAGCUGCAGGCACAGGUGGCGUUCCUGCAGGGCGAGCGCCAGGGCCAGGAGAGCCUCAAGCUGGACCUGGUGAGGAGGAUCCGGAUGCUGGAAUUCGCCCUCAAGCAGGAGAGGUCCAAGUUCCAGAAACUGAAAUUUGGGACGGAGGCGGCGCCGGGGGAGAAGCGGCCGGAGGAGCCGGUGUCCAACGGCCCCGUGGAGCUGGAGGGAGCCUGGAAGGACGGGAGGCAGCUCCUGCGCCAGUACCUGGACGAGGUUGGCUACAGCGACACCGUCCUGGACAUGAGGGCCCGGAGGCUUCGGGCGCUGCUGGGCCGGAGCCCCCCCCCCAUUCCAGAACUUUCCACGGGAAUUUCCUCCGGAAUUUCGGGAAUUUCGGGAAUUUCGGGAAUUCCUGGAGCCCCCCCCCAGCCCCGGGACCCCCCCCUCCCCUCCCCCGGGCUCGGAGUCGCUGCUGCUGCGAAGGAUCCAGGAGCAGAUCCAGAGAGCGUCCCCAAGGUCCCCGAGGAGGAGGAGGAGGACGAUGAAGAUGAGGAAGAUUCCGAGGACGCCCUGGGCGAGUUCGACUUCCUGGGGACACCUGGGGACACCUUGGGGACACCUGGGGACAUCAGAGAGAGCCACCGGUGCCACCUGCGGGACGGGGACCUGGGGCCACCGCGGCCACCGCGGCCACCGGAAGGUGUCCCCAAGGCCGAGGCGCUGGCCCUGGACGGCCUCGGGGACCUGGCGGAGCUGACGGUGACCAACGACAACGACGGCGGUGACGCACCGUCGCUGUCCCCGCGGCGCAGCUGGAGCCCGCGGCUGACGCUGCGCAGCCACUACGACGCCGUGCGGGCGCUGGCCUUUGUCCCCGGUCACCCGGCGCUGGUGACGGCCUCCGAGGACGCCACCCUCAAGCUCUGGAACCUGCAGAAGCCGCUGGGCCCCAAGAAGAGCGCGGCGCUGGACGUGGAGCCCGUGUACGCCUUCCGCGGGCACAGGGGCCCCGUGCUGGCGGUGGCGGUGGCGGCAGGUGACACGGGUGACACAGGUGACACGGGUGACAUCGGUGCCACCGGGCUGUGCUGCAGCGCCGGGGUGGACGCUCGGAUUCGCUGCUGGCGCCUCCCGGGGCUGGACAGCGACCCCUACGAUGGCUACGAUCACGGCGUCCCCACCUCGGUGGCCUUUGUCCCCUCCCAGCCCGCCCACCUGCUGGCCGGCUUCCGCUCCGGUGCCACCGUGCUCUACGACCUCGAGGCCACCAAGGCCACCCUGGUGUCCCCAAACGGCGGUGGCCGUGCCCAGGUGAACCAGGUGCUCGCCCACCCCUCGCAGCCGCUGGGGAUCACGGCCAGCGACGACCGCAGCAUCCGGUACCUGGACACCCGCACAGGUGAGGUCGUGCACUCCAUGGUCGCUCACCUGGACGCCGUCACCUGCCUGGCCCUGGACCCCAGCGGAGCCUUCCUGCUGUCCGGCAGUCACGACUGCUCUCUCCGGCUCUGGCACUUGUCUGACCACACCUGUGUGCAGGAGCUGUCCCUCACCUGUCACGACUGCUCCCUCCGCCUGUGGCACCUGUCUGACCACACCUGUGUGCAGGAGCUGUCCCUCACCUGUGUCCCCUGUGUCACCUGUCACGACUGCUCCCUGCGGCUCUGGCACCUGUCUGACCACACCUGUGUCACCUGUCACGACUGCUCUCUCCGGCUCUGGCACCUGUCUGACCACACCUGUGUGCAGGAGCUCCCCGCCCAUCGCCGCAAGCACCACGAGGCCGUGCUGGCCGUGGCCUUUCACCCCCGCCGCGCCCUCAGCGCCAGCGCCGGCGCCGACGCCCUGGCCAAGGUGUUCGUGUGA